AUGAAUACAGAAAAGAAAAUUGAGGAGUCGGAUCUACUGUUUCGUGAGUCAAACACAUCAGCUGAUCAAAAACAAGGCUUCUGGACUUCUUUCAAAGAUUCAUUCAAACCACCAAUAAAUGAAAAACAAACUCAAAAGAUUGAUAUAGACGAAAAGGACCAUUUGACAGAUGUGCAAAGAAUCAAUCUCAAUUCAGCUAACCAGGACUUGCGUCGAGAGUUAAAGACUAGACACUUGCAAAUGAUUUCCAUUGGAUCGAGUAUAGGAACAGGGUUGUUUGUGGGAACAGGGACAGCAUUGCAUACUGGAGGUCCUGCUGCCAUUAUAAUUGCCUGGUUCCUCGCUGCCUCAGCUGUGUUUUCAACAAUGCAAGGGUUGGGUGAGUUGGCUACAACUUUCCCCGUCAGUGGUAGUUUCAAUGUGUUUGCCAGCAGAUUUGUUGAACCGGCAAUUGGAUUUGCGGUGGGCUGGAACUAUUUCUUACAGUACUUUACGUUGUUACCAUUGGAGUUGGUUGCUGCGGCAAUCACUAUACAGUACUGGGACACAAAUGUCAACUCAGAUGUAUUUGUAAUCAUAUUUUGGCUAGUCAUCACAUUCAUAACCCUUUUUGGAGUAAAAGCCUUUGGUGAGGUGGAGUUUGUACUAUCGACUCUCAAGAUAUUAGCCGUUAUUGGGUUUGUUGUAUUGGGCAUUGUGUUAAUUGCAGGUGGUGGACCUACACACGAGUUUGUUGGUGGAAAAUAUUGGCGAAAUCCAGGACCAUUUGCUGCUGGGUUCAAAGGUGUAGCUUCGUGUGUUGUUACCGCUGCGUUUUCAUUUGGUGGCACAGAAAUGGUUGGAUUAACUGCUAGUGAAACAUCAAACGUUCGUCAAUCGUUGCCCAGGGCCAUAAAGCAAGUGUUUUGGAGAAUUGUGCUUUUUUAUUUUGGGUCAUUGAUUAUGAUUUCGUGUUUGGUUCCGUAUAAUGACAAGAGGUUAUUGGGACUGAGCUCUGUCGAUGCGACUGCAUCCGCUUUUACGAUAGCCAUUAUCAAUGGAGGCAUCAAAGGAUUGCCAAGCGUGAUCAAUGCCGUCAUUUUGGUGUCAGUUUUGUCAGUCGGCAACACCUCAGUCUAUGCUACUUCAAGAACUUUGAAAUCGUUGGCGGAGCAAGGUAUGGCUCCAAAAUUGGUUGGUUACGUUGAUCGUGCUGGUAGGCCCAUUGUUGCGAUAGGUAUCACAAAUGCGUUUGGCUUGUUUGCGUUAAUAGCUGCCAAUAAUAACGCGCAGCAAUCGGCAUUUGAUUGGUUGUUGGCAAUCUCAGGAUUGUCAUCCAUUUUCACUUGGAUUUCCAUCAACUUGGGUCAUAUUAGAUUCAGAGCAGCUAUGAAAGCCCAGGGGAGAACCAUUGAUGAGUUACCAUAUGUGGCACAGUCAGGUGUUUGGGGAUCUUAUUAUGGAACAUUGGUGAACAUUUUGUUUCUUGUUGCUCAAUUUUGGAUAGCAUUAUUCCCAUUGGGAGAGUCACCCAGUGCGUACAAUUUCUUUUUGAACUAUUUGGGUUUUCUUGUGUUGAUUGUGUGUUGGGUAGGUUAUAAGAUAUGGAAGCGUGAUUUGAGGUUGUAUUUACCGAUUGCGGAGAUUGAUAUUGACACUGGACGGGCAGAUGUCGACAUAGAUUUGUUGAAACAAAAGGUUGAGUUGGAGAGAGAAGUGUUGGCAAAGAAGCCAUUUUAUGUCAGGUGCUAUAGAUUUUGGUGUUGA